CAGUUAAAUAUUAUCAGGAAAAUAGUGAUGAAAAUAUUCUAAAAUUACCAAAUCACACAAAAACUUUUCACCUUUGAGCUAUCCUCUAUAAAUAAAGAUCACAUCUCGAUCCCUCUCUCCUUGUGAUUCAUAUCUCUCGUCCUCUCUCUGCUUCGCUUCUUUCAAAAAAAAUUCAUUUUUCUUUAGUAUUUGCUCCUCUGUUUUUAAUUUAAUUACGUAAAUGUCCGGAAUUUUAGUUUCUUCCACCGGUAACUCCCUUCGAUUAUCGCCGGCACACGUCCUCUCUCAUCCCAAGACAGUCAAAUCCCGCAACCGAAACGCCCGGUUUCCCUCCAGAGCUACGUCGUUUAGGGCAUACACGCAGACGCUAAACGCCGAGCCAGCUGUAACCGAAUCCACCGUUCGCCGGCGAGUGUCGAGCCUCUACGAGCUGCUUAAAGUAAACGAAACGGCGUCGUUGACGGAGAUAAAGACGGCGUACAGGAGCUUAGCGAAGGUGUGCCAUCCGGAUGCGUCGGAAUCGGACGGACGAGAUUUCAUGGAGAUCCACAGAGCUUACGCUACGCUGGCGGAUCCGACAACGAGAGCGAUAUACGAUUCGACGCUGGUAUCACGGCGGAGACGGGUCCAAGCUGGAGCUAUGGGUCGGGUGUACGCAGCGACACGGAGAUGGGAGACGGAUCAGUGUUGGUGAUUUAGCGUUUUUUAGGGGUUUCCGAUGAUUUUGCAGCGAGUAAAAGGGCAUUUUUUUACUUCAUUUUCCCCCUUUGAUUACUUUUUUUUUGUUUUCCUUUGUCAUAUCUUUGGAAAAUUAAGGGGGAAAAUAUGUUUUAUCAGCCUUUUAUCAAUGUUAUAACAGACGUGUAUAUUAUUUUCGCUUCAAGUUGUGAAUUUUGCUGUCGAUUAA